ACUUCUUUCUUUGUUCAAUGGUAGAGAUUAUUCUGAUUGACAAUCAAAUAUUUAUUCAACUUUCUUAUUCAGGAAAAUAUUUCAGACGAGGGAGCAAGGUGCUCACCGAUUUCUCCGACAAGUGGGCAUCUGUUUUUUUUUGUGAAAAAAUAAAUAUACGGUCUAUUUAUCCGUUGGUUCGAAUAAUUGACUCCAAAAUGUCAAGGUGAAAAAAUCACUAAUUUCAUAGUGAAUAGAAUAAGAAUACUGUUUUAGACGAGUGAAAGUGCAGUUGAAAUGAAACAUAUAGUUUUUCGUGAAACCCAUUUUGUUCUUUUAGAUUCACAUAUUGAUUAAUAUAAAACCAUAUGCGAGAUUUUUAUAAAGGUGAUUCUGAGUACGAAGUAUCUGAAAGUAUUUUUAAUAUUAUGGACCAUCCGAUGUAUUUGCGUUAUUCUCCUUCUAAUGGAGUGCCACAGGAGUCAAAACUGGCUAAUUAUAUGACACCUCAUGCUGAUGAUUUAUCAUUACGGCAAAGCUUUUCUUCUAAGCUUAAUUUAGGACCAUCAGGGACUCCCAAAAAAAGUUUAGUUCACAAUCCUGAAUUUAUUCCAAAAACUUCCAGUACAUCACCUUCAUCCAGCUUAUACAUGUCAUAUGGUUCAACUGAUAAUUCUCAUCUUAGUUUUGUAAGUGCAGCAGAAGACAUUGAUCAUAUUUCUUCCCAUGUCACUCCUGAAUCGUCUUCACCUCCGCAUCCAGUUAAUUCAACAAUGGAACUCUUGGAAAAAAGUGGCAGUAGCAUACCCUACCAGGAAAAUGUAGGAGGAACCACCUAUUUUUACCAUUCUACGGAUCCACCUCCAUUAGCAAAUGAUAAUAUUGCUAAUAAUGUUAUAACCUCUGAGUACAAAGUGUAUCCUGGUACACCAAGCCAUGUAGAUAGUCUUAAAAGGAAAGAAGAUCAUUCUUUUUUUGUAUCUGAGAAUAUCAGGGCAGAAAUUCUUAGUCAAAACAUGCUCACACUUAUGUUACCAGAUCCACAAGUUACUGACCUCCCUCAAGAAAUAGAUGGCUACCAUGAGCUUUGUCCAUUAGAACCAAUUUCUAAUACUUCAGUUCAUAAAGGUUACCAAACAUCAAUGUACAAGGCGACCCAUGUUAAAACAGGAAUGCACUAUUGUCUCCGUAGGAUCCAUGGAUUUCGAUUACAGCAUACAAAAUCCAUGAUGUAUGUAGAUAUUUGGAAGAAACUGAUGCAUUCUAACAUUGUCCAGCUCAAAGAAGUGUUUACAACAAAAGCUUUUGGGGACAAUUCCCUCGUUUUUAUAUACGACUUCCAUCCGGGCUCUGAGACGUUACUCAACAAGCAUUUCUCAACAGAUCAGAAUGAAUAUUGUGAUCCUUUCCUCAAUGACAAUUCCACUCCGAGACCUUACAGUCACCAAAAGAACGAAUUGCUAAGAUAUCAGGCUAACAACAAGCUUCCCGAGCCCCUCAUCUGGAAUUAUAUAAUUCAGCUCACUUCAGCUUUGAGAGUUAUCCAUUCCAAUAAUUUAGCAUGUAGAAGCUUAGAUCCUACCAAGAUUAUCUUAACCUCUAAGAACCGAUUGAGACUGAGUUGUCUGGGUGUGAUGGAUGUGAUCUGCUUUGAUCCGAAUAGCAUUAACCAGUUGGUACUGAUGCAGCAUUACCAACAAGAAGAUUUGAUGGCUCUUGGUAAGUUGGUCUUAGCGUUAGCUUGCAAAUCCACCACUGCCGUUCAAAGAGAGAACAUAUCAAUUGCUCUGGAAUUAGUGGGCAGAUCUUACACUCCAGAUCUUCGAAACUUGAUUAUGUUUCUGUUAUCCUCCCAACCGCCUAGAAGAAGCGUGACUGACCUCAUGCCCAUGAUAGGAGCAAGAUUUUAUACCCAAAUGGACAACCUUCAGAACAACAUGGAAGUUUUGGAAAAUGAACUGUCCAAAGAAAUAGAAAAUGGUCGUUUAUUCAGACUUCUGAGUAAACUGUCUACCAUAAAUGAAAGACCCGAAUUGAAUAUGGAUGCCGCCUGGUCAGAAACGGGAGACAGGUACAUGUUGAAACUUUUCAGAGACUAUGUGUUCCAUCAAGUAACAGAAGAUGGUCGACCUUGGAUAGACAUGGCCCACAUCGUUCAGUGCCUAAACAAACUGGACGCUGGUGUGCCAGAAAAAGUAUGUCUCAUGUCCAGAGACGAACAGAGCAUACUAGUUGUUAGUUACUCUGAACUAAAACGAUGUUUAGAUCUAUCCUUUGACGAAAUCGCGAAUGCAGCAUUGAUAGAUGAUGGAUCUCAUACUGAAAAUAAGAUUUAGGUUCAAAUUUAUGCUGUCGUCAUUUCCAAUGAAUGACUGAAUUGAGUUUAAGCGUGAUACUUAAAAUAAAUUAUUGUUAUAAUAAUUUCUUGUUUCUUUAUUCUUCAGGUGAUGAAGACAAAAUUCAAACAAUGUAAAAUAUACAUUUCCUAGAAUCCAAGAUACUCAUAAGGACAGCUCAAUUUUUUCAUUCAAAUCUGGAGAUGCUCAGUAUGUUGUCAAUAAUAGAAUUUUUAAGUACAUUGCGCAAAAGAAGAGGUUGUAUUUUUUCGUAUGGUUAGUGCUCUCAUUUGAUUCUUUUCAAUAUCAAUUAUUUUUAGGUCGGUGCAUAUUCAAUUGAAUAAGUCCAGUGAUUGAUUUAUUUUGAUCUUGAAAUUUUAUUUUAUCAUUUACUGUGAAUUGGAGUCUUUCAAAUAAAUAUAUGUAUAUUUUACAAAUA